CUUUUUUUUUUUACUUUUUAAAAUAUCAUCUUCUCUUCCUCUACUUCAUUUUUCUUUGCUUCUUUCAGAUGAACGAUCUAGUAAGGUAUCCCCAGUCUAAUGCUCGAGACUCAGGUGUUUACCCCAGACAUCCUAUGAUGCCUCCACAACAGCAACCACAGCCACAACAACAGCAGCGACCACUGGAGCCUCUCCCUUCCCCUCCUUCACAGCUACGAUAUCAACCUGCUAUUUCCACUGUACGAAGUGCGCCCAAUAACGCUCACAGCAAUAAUAACAAUCCAGCAUCAUAUGAUCUUCAGGAAAUCAUCUCCCAAUAUCAACAACACCCUGAACUGCUUAAGCUGAUUCUGUCUAGUAAAGUAGAAGAAGAUAAGCGACGUGCAGAGGAAGCUAAACUGCGAGCCAAAGAAAUCGACCUUUUACUUCAACAACAACAGCAACCCACACCACCUAAUGAAGCUGAAGUUGAAGAAACUGCUGUCAAGUCUCGCCAUUCAGCAGAUUUCCCUUAUGUUCACCCUCGGGCUGUGCCAAUACGAGCUCGUGUUCAAAGUAGUGACUCUAUAGGACCUGUUCGUCGAGGAUCUAUUUUGAAUACGCUAGAUGAACGAAGGUCAUCAUUUGCUUCUCAGUCAUCAAGAUAUUCACCACCUGCUCAUGGAGCUGGAUCUGGAGCUGGACUUCAGCGUCAUCCUCUUUCACCACCUUAUUCCAACCCUGAAGACCGAGAUGAGGACGGACAUGAAUCGAGUCAAAGCAAAAAGCAACGCAAGCGUAGAGAGAUGCAGGCCAUCACCAAGAUCGUUGAAACCCGCGAGUUCCCCUAUUUAGAUGAUUACUUCUGGAAAAAUAAUGGCAAUACGACUCAUAAGAGUGGGAGACGUAGCGUUUAUUACAAGUGUUCUAACAGUGGCAAGGGAUGUCCCGUCAACAAGACCGUCACUUGCAGAGAAAAUGGAGAGUACUUAAUUAAGUACCGUGGACAGCAUUUGGUAGAUUGUGGACGAGUUCAGCGAAUUCAUGACGCAUAAACCAAGCAAGCUUUUCUCAGCCAUGCAAUACCAAAUUCAUCAAAAGUAGCUUAAUCAUCCCGCACAUUCCAUUGUUGCUUCUCUAUUUCCAAAUUUUUUUUCUCUUGCCUGUCUGUCCCGCAUAUAUCGUAAUUUGUCUUUUCCUACCUCUUAUUUUAUUUUCCAAGUCUAAAUGGCUUUAUUGUAAGAUAUUCUCCCCCUUCGUUCAUGGAGGUAUUUCAUCUAUUGAACUAAACAAAUAUCCCAAGCUUUU